GAACCCCCAGACAUCCGGCCGGACCUACCCCGCCCCGAAACUCCAAAAAGCACACUUCGCCGCCCGCCUAGCUACUACUACAACGUAAUCACUAUGGCGAAGGAGGACGAGAAGAAGCCCACGGCCGCUGAUAAAGGCAAGGCUAAGGCUGUGAAUGGCGACGAAGAGAAGAAGGAGAUUCAAAAGGACAAGGAUGGCAAGCCCAUAGAGAGCAAGAAAGAUGCACCACAGGCCGAGGAACUCAGCGAAGAGGACCAGCAGCUUAAGAGCGACCUGGAUAUGCUUGCUGAGCGGAUAUUGGGACCUGACAAGGACCUCUACAUGCCCGCGCUGGAGAAGAUCAAGGAGUUCAUUAAGACUUCGACUUCCUCUAUGACAGCCGUCCCCAAGCCUUUGAAAUUCCUCCGACCGCAUUACGAAAACUUCGAGAAGACAUACGAUUCAUGGCCGGCGAGCGAUAUCAAGAAAUCAUUCGCCGAUAUGCUUUCGGUGCUCGGGAUGACAUACUCCGAUGAAGAGCGCCUCGACUGCUUAAAGUAUCGCCUGCAAGCACCUUCGACAGAUCUUGGAUCCUGGGGUCACGAGUACAUGCGUCAUCUUGCCCUCGAAAUUGGGAGGGAAUACCAAAAGCGACUCAACGACGACAAUGAUACCGACGACAUUACCGAUCUCGCCCUGUCACUGGUUCCCUUUUUCCUGAAACACUAUGCCGAGGCCGACGCAGUCGAUAUUCUAUCCGAGUUGGAGAUGAUCGAUCGGAUUGAACAGUUCGUCGACGAGAACACAUAUUCGAGGGUGUGUCUGUACAUGGUCGGCACGGUACCGUUACUCACCGUACCCGAUAAUGAGAACUUCCUCCGCACUGCCUACAGCAUUUAUCGCAAGUACAAACAAUAUACACAGGCCGUAGUCUUGGCCAUCCGGCUGAACAACCGAGAUCUGAUCCAGGAAACUUUCAAUUCUACAGAUGACAAGUCUAUCCGAAGGCAAAUGGCAUUCCUCAUUGCCCGGCAACGGAUAUGGUUCGAUGUUUCGGACGAUGAUGACCCGGAGCUACAAGACUGUCUCAGCAACACUCGCCUCUCAGAAUAUUUUAAAGCCCUGGGCAAGGAGCUCAACGUGCUGGAUCCCAAGACCCCCGAAGACAUAUACAAAACGCAUCUUGAGAGCAGCAGGACAGCUGGGCUCACCAACACCGAUUCGGCACGACACAACUUGGCAUCGGCUUUCGUAAACGGUUUUGUGAACGCUGGAUUCGGCAAUGACAAACUUAUGCUGAGCUCCGAGAGCAAGAACAGUUGGGUAUGGAAAACAAAGGAAGAAGGCAUGCUAUCGACUGCCGCCUCCCUCGGUAUGCUCAUGCUCUGGGAUGUGGAGACGGGUCUUGACAAGAUCGACCCCUUCACCAACGUCGAUGAAGACAUGGUCAAAGCUGGUGCCAUGCUUGCUACCGGUAUCUUUAACUCGGGUGUGCGACUGGACUCAGACCCAGCCAUGGCUCUACUAGGCGAGGAAGACAACCUCUCGCACAAGGACAUGAACAUUCGCGUAAGCGCUAUCAUGGGUCUUGGUCUGGCCUACGCCGGAUCCAACAAAGAGGAGCUCCUCGAAUUGCUUCUUCCUAUUGUCACCGACACUAAUCUCGACAUGCAACUUUCCGCCAUGGCUGCUCUUUCACUGGGGUUGAUCUUCGUGGGAUCGUCACAUGGUGACAUUGCUGAGGCGCUCGCCAACACUCUUCUCGACGAGGAUCGGACAUCGCAACUAAAAGACAAGUGGACGCGUUUCAUGGCUCUCGGCCUGGGUCUUAUCUUUUUUGGUCAACAAGAAGAAGUCGACGUCAUUUUGGAAACUCUGAAGGUCUUCGAUCAUCCCAUGUCCAAACCUACGUCCGUCCUUGCUGAGGUUUGUGCAUGGGCAGGCAGCGGAAACGUGCUCAAAAUUCAACAACUCCUUCAUAUCUGCAACGAACACAUCGAAGAGGAUAGCGAGGAGAAGAAAGGAGAUGAGCUGCUUCAAUCAUACGCCGUCAUUGGUCUGUCAUUGGUAGCCAUGGGCGAAGAUGUGGGCCAGGACAUGAUCUUACGCACUUUCGGCCACCUGAUGCACUACGGCGAGGCUAAUAUUCGCAAAGCGGUGCCACUUGCCAUGGCCCUCAUCAGCCCGAGUAAUCCACAAAUGAAGGUGUACGAUACACUAUCGCGAUACUCUCACGAUAACGACAACGAUGUCGCCAUCAAUGCCAUCUUCGCAAUGGGUCUUCUUGGCGCUGGUACCAACAACGCUCGUCUCGCACAGUUGCUUCGUCAGCUAGCAAGCUACUACCACCGUGACCCCAAUGCACUUUUUAUGGUCCGCAUCGCUCAGGGCCUCUUGCACAUGGGUAAAGGCACUCUGUCUGCCAACCCAUAUCACACCGACCGACAGGUGCUCUCGCGCGUCGCAGCCGCAGGUCUUCUUACUGUUUUGGUGUCGCUUAUCGAUGCAAAACAAUUCAUUGUCGGAAACGCACACUAUCUGCUGUACUUCAUGGCUACCGCUAUACAGCCUCGCUUCCUUAUCACUCUGGACGAGGAGUUGAAGCCCCUCACAGUCAAUGUGCGCGUUGGUCAAGCAGUGGAUAUCGUUGGCCAGGCGGGUCGACCAAAGACGAUCACGGGAUGGCAGACACAGAGCACACCUGUGCUACUGUCGCAUGGUGAGAGGGCAGAGCUCGAGGAUGAGAAGUAUCUAAGCUUGAGCAAUGUUCUCGAGGGCGUGGUAAUACUAAGGAAGGUAAGCUCUGCUCUUCAAUCCGACUAUCAAUGA